AUGCAAUUAUCUGUUUCAGGUGGCGUGAGUGCUGCUGUAGGUUAUCCACUAGACACAAUAAAGGUGAGAAUUCAGACAGAAGCAAGCUACCGUGGAAUAUGGCACUGUAUCACAGACACAUACAGAAUGGAAAGGGUGCCAGGUUUCUACCGAGGUGUAUCAAUGACUAUCGUAAUGACAUCCUUUAUUUCAUCAUUUUCAUUUGGCGUCUACAAAAACAUCCUUUAUAACAUCUGCAGAUUACGAUAUGGGUCUGCAGAGAGAAAGCCGUCAAGAGUGGAUAUAUCUCUUGCUGGAUGUGCUACUGGAGCUGCUCGGGUCGUGCUGAUAUCCCCUGCGGAGAUCGCCAAGGUGAGGCUGCAGACCCAGAAAGAGCCAUCGUGCGUCCUCUUCACCAGGCCGAAGUACCGAGGCGCCGUGCACUGCCUGCAGAUGAUUGCGAAGGAAGAGGGGCUCAGGGGCCUGUACAAGGGGUCCUUGGCCCUCCUGUGUCGCGACUGCCACUCCGUUGCGACCUAUUUCCUCAGCUAUUCUGCCCUGUGUGACUGGCUGACUCCAGCCGGGAAGGAGAAACCAGAUCUUUGGGCUGUGCUGCUUUCUGGAGGAUGCGCUGGAGUACUGGGUUGGGCCACAGCGACACCCAUGGAUGUCAUUAAGUCCCGGAUGCAAGCUGACGGCGAGGGACAGCGGAAAUACUCCGGACUGAUCCACUGUGCUAGGGACAGCAUCAGAGAGGAGGGUGUGAGAGUCCUUUUCAAAGGCCUUGGACUCAACUCAAUCCGUGCGUUUCCUGCCAACAUGGUGGUCUUCUUUAUUUAUGAAGCUGUACUUAGGCUUGGAGAAUGCUCGAUGAGAUAA